GGAACAGAAAGAGCAAAAACAUUGGAUAUAGGAACACACAGGAUAAUGAUGCUAGCGCCACCUAUUAGAAAUAUGUAUUUUUUUUUGUUUAUGUUUGCGAUUGUGAAUUUCGUGAUUCAUAAGUGAAAUUGUGUAAACAAAACCAUUAAAUUUUGUAAUUAAAAUUGACCAAUAAUUGGACUUUCGAUUAAGCAGGCAAGCAUAAUAUUACGUGUUCUAGACCAUAUUAUUGUGUAAAAAUAGAUUAUAGUUAGCUGACAGUCAUUUCAGUGCCUUUUCUUUUAACCAAUUUUAUAGAGAGUUAUGCAAAAUGGGGAAUAAUACUGGAUCUUUAAUGUGGAGUUCGACUUAUUUGACCAUCAAAAAUAAGCACGACCAGGCUUUUAGGACUAUUGAUCAAGCUAUUUCACUUGAAGAACAGGAGAGACUACAUGAGGCAAUAGAAAAAUAUAAGGAAGGCAUCCAACUAAUCGACGAAGCCCUUGCAAUCCCUGUCCAAUGUCCUGAUAAUCCAGACGAUACAUGGAGAAAAGCAUGUUCUAUGAUACAAAAAAUUAAAAAAGCACGCGCUGAAGUUUUGACGCGCAUUAAUUGUAUACAAUCAACCCCUGGAUUCGAAUCUACUUUUGAAGAACCACCUUCUUAUGAAGAAGCUAUGAGUACAGUCAGCUCUUCAGAUGAAAGCACCGGCUUUCAAAGAGUCACUUACAAAGACUUAGCAACAGCGCUUCAAGAGCUAAGCAUAGAUCCCAACCAAAAUUUAAAUGAAGAACUUGUCUACACGCACCCUGGAGUGAAACUCUACUUUAUUUCUCCUAAUGGUGAAGUUGUGUCUUCUCAAGAACCUCAACUGCUAAAAAUUUCUUUGGUAGAAGGCUCUACACCCAAUGCCCCAAGAGCUAUUUUACAAAUAGGAACUUGGAUAUAUCCAUUAGUACCAGGAGUUUCGCCCUGUUACAGGACAGAUUAUGGGGCUUUUAUUUUGCCUAAUGUCUACUCUGACGUACCUGGAUCAUCUGUGGGGAUAAUUCUACCUUCCGAUGCAGACUCUGACGUUUUUGAUCUUCUAGAAAGCAUACUUUACGGAAUAGUCACUCAAGAAACUGAACAGGAAAUACAUCAAGAAAAGAGAAGAAGAUUAGCAGGAGAAGACACAACAAGCUCAAGGAUAUCAAAUAAAAUAGUCAACGGUGCUUGGUCAUUGUCCCAAGGCCUUGUCAGGGGUGCCCAAAAAGCUGGAGAUCUUAUAAAUAGAGGAACCCCAAAAUUAAUUGACAAUUUGGCACCUGCAGAUCAGCCAAAAGAAGUACCUAAAUCUGUUUCGAAAGGCGUUAGAAUAGCUGAACAAGCUACUUUUAAGGCUUCCAAAGUCACUGGAUUUGUAGCUGAAAAAGUUGGAGAAGGCACGCUACGUUUAGGACAGUUUUUGGCUCCGCAUAUACAAAAGCAAGGCACCAAGCUUUUGGCUUCAGGAUUCCAUAUGUCAGAAGAAGAAGCUUCUGAAAGGAUGAAGGGUGUCUUAACUGUUGCUGCAGGGGCCGUAGAAGGAUUUUCUACUGUUUAUAGGGGGUUGGAGACAUCAGCAGGAAUUUUAGGUUCAAGUUUAAAAGAGAAUACGGUCAAAGUUGUGGAACACAAGUGGGGUGGUCCUUGUGCUGACACUACAGAAGGCUCGCUCAAUACAAUGGGUAACUUGUUUUCUACUUAUGAGAAUACGAAAAUAUUGAGGCCAAAAGGACUUUUGAAAAAUACGGCUAAAAAUGCAGGUAAAGGAGUGGCACAAAUGCACUCUGUAACGCACAAAGGAAACAUGGCUUUAAGAGAUAGUCUUGAAGCUGGCCCAUCAGGAUUUUCCAGAGAUGCAAAAAAUGUUUCGGAAAAAAAUCACGAAAGUGACAAGGAGAAUGAAGAAGAUGAAAAGAAAAAAAUGGACCAAAGUUAGAUUCCCAUGAACAUAAAUGGCAUUUCAACUAAAGUUCUGUGUGUCUCAUAUUCAACGAUUUAGAUUAAUGUUUAAAAAUGUCCAGGACUGCAAAACAAAAUAGAUAUUAUUUGCCCAGCAAGAGUUGGCAUAUUUCAGAAAUCUCAAAACAAAUCUCUUAUUGGGCAAAAUGGAUAGGAUUAUGGAUAUUUACAAUUAAUGGGUGAUAUUGUUGGGUUUUAUCAGAGUUUAUUAUGGUUAUGGUUAAACUAAGUUCCAUUCUUUUUUACAAAUCAAAUUAUGUAAGUAGGUAUAGAUAAAAUCAGCUAAGAACCACACGCCUUAUCGUCACUUCAAAAUGGAAGGGACCUAGAGAAAAGGAAAUUUGCCUUCUCUGUAAGUGAUGAUGUCAAUGGUUCUUCAGCUAACAAGAACCUCAUGCAUUAUCGUCUGUCCGACUUCAAAAUGGAAGGGACCUAGAGGAAAGGAAAUUUUCCUUCUCUGUCAGUGUUGACGUCAAUGGUAUUUCUUAGUUGAUUUUAUCUUUACUUACUCUGUCUCUCUGUCUUGAUGAUUGAAAUAUCUAGCAAUGGAUGAAUAAUUGAAGAAUGAUACAUUUUUUGCUUAACUUUCCUGGCUAGGUAUUAGAUGAAUCAAACAACCCCAUUUUCAAAUUUCAUAGAACACUAAGCCUAAAACUUUUGAUAAUAAAUUAUUUUUUAAUUGGGCAUAUCUUUAAGCCUUGUGAUAUUUGGUGUUGAUAAUUGAAAUAAUAUAAUAAUAUUUUCGUUAAAUUGGGCGUUUUAUUUUUUGUUCUUGUCCAACGCCUUUGUCA